AUGCAACAGCCAGGAUUAAAAUUAUCCUUCUCCCCUUCAAAAACAUUCAAACCCAUCCACACCCAGGGUUCUGUUGAUGCUAUUGUUUAUAACCUCAGCACUAGUAAUCUGAUAGCAAAAUCUAAUUCUGAUGGAAAUCACAUUUCUACUCUCUGCUGGGCGGGUCAAUUGCUUAUAACGACUACAACCAACGCAAUCACUAUCCACUCACUGCACAACAACUCACUUUCACCCACUCGCAUCAUCAACAAACCCCACGACUCCCCUAUCCUCGUCUCCUCCGUUGAAUCCUCCUCCAACGCCUUCCUCGCUACUGGCUCUGCAGACGGCGUCGUUAAGGUUUGGGAUAUCCACAGAGGCUACACCACCCACAUCUUCAAAGGCCACGCUGGUCCUGUCUCUGCUCUCUGCUGGCGUCGUCAAGGCUCUUCUUUCCAGCUCAUCACGGGCUCUACAGACACGCACAUACGAAUCUGGGAUUUGAACCACCCAAACCACAACAAACCAAAGCACAUUCUACAAGGCCAUGUUUCUAUUGUCCGUGGUUUGUCUCUCCUCGACAACAACACCCUUCUCUCCGGCGCUAGAGACCGCGUUGUACUCAAAUGGGACAUUUCAUCCACACCCAAGCUAAUGCGCACCUUCCCCACACUCAACGCCAUUGAAGCCGUAGGUGUAUUCCCCUCAAAAGACGCCUUCUUCACUGCUGGUGAGGCUGGUUUAAAGUCGUAUAAUGUUGUCUCAGGCGAGCAGCAGCACGACUACGGUGGCGGAGUAGUCAAGUCGACACGAGUCGACAGCAACGACGAUGACGAUGAUGGUACUGGUGGGCUAGCUACUGCGCACCUGGUCAAUAUACAAUCAACCCCGCACAUCAUGUCGGUGGGGCACGACCAGCUAAUCUCCUUCCACCCCCUUUCUUCCACUCCAGCUCCCCCUAGACACAUCAUUGGCUAUCCCGACCAGAUUAUUGCCGCCGUCUAUGUCUCCCCCACCGACAUCGCCAUCGCGACCAACGCGCCGCAGAUCUUCAUCCUCAACAAACACACUCUCCCGUACACGCAGCAGAUUCUUACCGGACACACAGACACAGUCCUUAGCUUAAAGGCGCUGCCGCAGCGUGGAUUGCUCGUUAGUGGGAGCAAAGACGGCAGUGUGCGCGUAUGGAAGAGGUAUGCUGCCCAAUUCCACUGUGUAGCUAUAGCGAGUGGACACGGGGAAUCGGUGGGUGCAGUGGCCAUAUCGCCCUGUGCGCGCUACCUGAUCUCCGCAACGCAAGACCGAAUCAUCAAGCUGUGGGAUCUGAGUGUGUUAGGUGGGGUAGUAGAUGAGGUUAAGGAAGAUGAGGGUGAUAGUGCUGCGCCAACUUCAACAACCAACCCACAUCUCCUCUCCUCAUACACCACGCAGCGGAUCCACGAGAAAGACAUCAACGCACUCGAUAUCUCCCCCGACAGUCGCUAUCUUGCAACAGGAUCCCAAGACCGUACAGCGAAAUUGUUUGAGGUGACAUUCGACCCGAGAGGGCAACGCGCGAGUGUGAAUCUACGCGCUACACUCAAGGCACAUAAGCGCGGUGUAUGGGGGGUGCGAUUUUCGCCCUAUGACCGCCUUUUUGCUACUGCGGGCGGUGAUCGCGCCGUUAAGGUUUGGUCACUACGCGAUUUCUCCUGCAUCAAGACACUUGAAGGACACACUAACAGUGUCUUGGAUUUGGCCUUCUUGAGUAACGGCCAACAGAUGCUCACUGCUGCCGCUGACGGCUUGCUUAAACUGUGGAACCUCCACACAGAGCAGUGUGUAGCGACGCUCGAUGGACAUGAGGAUAAGGUUUGGGCACUCGACAUCAGCCCCGAUUCGACAGAGUGCGUAUCGGGUGGGGGUGACAGUUUGCUGACUUUCUGGGACGACGCCACGGAGACAGUCGAGGAAAGCCACGCGGCCGAGCGCGAAGAGGGUGUAAUUCAGACGGAGACACUUGCCAACCUUGUCGCUGUGAAGGACUACCAGAAAGCCAUCUCACUCGCUAUCAGCAUGGACCAGCCGCGCAGGUUGUAUCAGCUUUUCGAGACAGUGUGGCGGGAGGUAGGAGCGCGUGGCGAAACGAAAAAUAGCUCCACUCUCGGCAGCAGCGUUGACGGCGCAGUGGGCGCACUUGACGCACACGACCUUCGCAGACUACUGCUGCAUGUGCGCACAUGGAACGCUCACAAUCGCUCAUCUGCCGUUGCACAGGUGGUGUUGCACGUCGUGCUUAGGACGCACUCGGGUGCGGAUAUUCGCACGGCUUUUGACGUCGCAAGGAAGGAGGAUGAGCAAAAGGGCCGCGAUCCAGGGUACGAUGCAGCUGGCGAGUUUGUCCCUCAUACCGUUCCUACUACCCUCGGCGGCGAGAAGAAGGCGGCUGAGGAACACGCAUCGCUCAAGGAGAUCAUCGAGGGCCUCCUCCCCUACACUCAGAGACACCUCUCUCGCGCUGACAAACUCGUCACUGAGAGCUACGUCGUCGAUUUCAUUCUGCAGGAAAUGGAUGAUGGGUUGGGGGAUGUUGCGGAUGUGGAUGUGGGUGAGAUGGAUGUGGAUUAG